AUGAGCAGUGAAUGUUUGUUACCUUACUACACGGCCCACAGCUACCGUUCAAUGGGCGUGUUCAAUACCUGCAUGGGGAACCUGCAAAGACAACUAUACAAGGGAGGAGAGUAUGAGAUUUUCAAGUAUGCACCGAUGUUUGAGAGUGACUUUAUCCAGAUUAGCAAAAAAGGAGAGAUGAUUGAUGUACACAACCGCGUCCGAAUGGUGACUGUGGGCAUCGCAUCCACCAGCCCCAUCCUCCCACUACCCGACGUCAUGCUGCUGGCCCGACCAACUAGAGUCUGCGACGAGCAUGCCAGACAUGCCCGGCCUACCAAGGGGAGAAGUCGCAAGCCCACAAAGAACCUCGAGCUCACCAGGCUACUGCCCUUGAAGUUUGUCAAGAUCUCCAUCCACGAUCACGAGAAACAGCAGCUGCGCCUGAAGCUUGCCACCGGUCGUACUUUUUAUCUGCAGCUGUGCCCUUCUUCAGACACCCAAGAAGACCUAUUUUGCUACUGGGAAAAACUUGUCUAUCUCCUGAGACCACCAGCGGACAGCUGCAGCAGCACCAGGACGCAGCAAACCGGGGACGCGGCCCUCAUAGAGGAUGACAGGAGCUUACUGACCGCGGAUCUCCCUGGAGAGCAAAAUGAGGCGAGGUUUUGCAAUCUUGGUGACGUGUCCAGAGCCACUUCUUCUGGUUACGCUGGGGGAGAGGGAAUGCCCGGUUCAACUUUCGCGAAGAAAACUCCAGGGUCUCCCGAAAGUGCAGCAAAGGGGGCAGCCGCAGGCCUGGCAGUAGCAGGAACGGUGACAAGUCCUACAGCCAGCAUGGCAGCAGCGGGAGUGAGGACAAGCCCGACAGCGGGCGCCUUGAGCAUAGCGGCAACCAAGAACGCGGGCGAGGGCCAGGCAGGCUCGACCCUGGCCGGGGCCGCCGCCCAGGGCCCAGGAGGGAGGGGACCCAGCAAGGCCAUGGCAGGUGCUACCAACUUGUCCUCGGAGGGCACGAACGUGGUCUUGGUGGGCGUCGCCAGCUCCAGCUCGCUAAGUAAUUCCAUGGCACCGGCGGGGCCUACCAACGUCUCCCCGGAGAGCAGCACCAGCGUCUCGUUUGCAGGUACGGUGACAACCAACGCUCCUGCCGCAGGGACGGCCGAAGGCCCAGGGGCGGGCCCUCUCAUCAGAACCCUGAAGAGUGAAAACUACGUGAGCGAGCGGGAAGUAAGCCAGAAGGUCCUCCAGCCCAGAGCCGAAGCUCGGAGGGAAAAGAAAGAAAAGAGAGAAAAGCAGGAAAGAAUUGCUCCUAGGAAAGGCUCCCAUCGCCGCAGGACCGGAGGCAACAGACUGAUCCGGAAAUCAUCCUCCCACCGGUCGUCAUCUGGCCAUAAAGGCGCAAGAGAUGACAAGAAGGAAAAAGGGCCGAGCGCCGGGAAGGCCAGAGGCCACGGCGCUCACAAGACCUCGAGCCACAGCUCCGCCGUCAAGGAGUCGCGGGUGGCUCACAAACCCGGGAAGAGCAGGUCCACCAGCUCGGCUACUUUAAGCAAGAAAUCCAGUAAGAUUGGCUCUUUCUUCAGGAGCUUCAGAGUCACUCGCGGUUCAAAAACGGAGGUCUCGUCCCACGACAGGGAGAUGGACUUCAAGGCGAAGAAGGUAGGGAAACGCAACCUGGAGGCCAAGAUAGAGCAAGCCCAGGACGGCCAGGACGUGGAGAUCUGCGGCACCGUGACAUCGGAGGUGAUGGAGACGAUCUUCAUUGAAACCAAAUCCGUUUAA